UUAUUCUUGUCUUCCUUAAGUUCCCUGUCGCUGAAGUUUUCUUUGCUGAUCUCUCUCUCUCUCUCCCUCCUCUUUGUGUACUCAGUGUUCUCAAGUUCUCUUUCAGAAAACUUCAAAACUAGCACAGAUCUGCCUGCAUUCUCCAAAUUUUCAUUUGCAGAAAUGAACUGAUUAGGAAAUGGGGAAGAAUGGGAGCUGGAUUUCUGCAGUGAAGAAGGCUCUCAGUCCGGACUCCAAGGCUAAGAAAGACAAGAAAACCCAUAAAUCGAAGAACAAAUGGUUUGGGAAACGAAAGAGCCCCUAUCCGGGCUCUCCACCUAAAGAAACUGUAUUGGCCAUAACUCCAAUAGAGGAUGUGAAAUUAACAGAAGCCGAAAAUGAGCAAAACAAACAUGCUUAUUCUGUUGCCAUUGCCACUGCCGUGGCUGCUGAGGCAGCUGUUGCAGCCGCUCAGGCUGCUGCUGAGAUUGUUCGGCUCACAGCCAAAGCCCGUUACUCUGGCAAAUCGAAGGAGGAAGUUGCUGCAAUCAAGAUUCAAACAGCGUUCCGAGGAUAUUUGGCAAGGAGAGCAUUGCGGGCCUUGAGAGGGCUUGUGAGGUUGAAGUCUCUUAUACAAGGUCACUCUGUCAAACGACAAGCCAUGACCACAUUACGAUGCAUGUAGACUCUGGCUCGCGUGCAGUCUCAGGUUCGUGCAAGGCAGAUCAGAAUGUCAGAGGAGAACCAGGCUCUCUAAAGACAGCUCCAGCAGAAACACG